UAUAUCAGGAAUAUGCAAGAAGACGAUGCUUUAUUUGAAAUUUGCACUAGUAAGUCACGUUCGGUACGAGAUAACGUGAGAUAAGGUGUUGCGUUGGUAGGUGUACUGUACCGACUGCGCAGCAUUUGCCAACAGGCAAACGAGAGUCAGUCACAACUGUCAUUCUCACGAUAACGAAACAAAACGACUUAUAUUCGCUUGACUAUUGGCCCCAGACUCGUCAAGUUGCUAAAAGCGACCUUGCAGUUUGUACGUCCACCUCCGCUACAAAGCGUAUAUGAGAGGAAAGGGGGAAAUAAGCCUUUUUGAGCAAAAGGAAAGAAGACAUCGACGACGCUUCUCCUCUUCGACAGAGCGAAAAUGCAGUUUGAAAUCCAGUGGCAGACGGUUGAAGGGCAAAUUGCUCCUUGGGCAAGGAUGCAAGAGGUGACGACUGCACUCAAGGACUAUGAAAAGAACUCCAGGGUAAAGGUUCCACGCAUAUUUACCGAGGUGAAGGUAACGGUGAGAGUGCAGACUUGCAUUUUAAACCUGGAUGCUGUUUCUAGGGCGUUAGGCCGCCCUCUGAUAUAUAUAAUGAAAUAUUUUUCAUACAAACUGGGAACAAUGAUUUACAAAAAGAAAGGUAGAGUCAUCAUUCAUGGGCUUCAUGGGAAAAAGAAGCUGUACCAGCUGCUCAAGGAUUUCAGCCAGAAGUUUGUCCUCUGUCCUAUAUGUAAAAAAAUGACUGCUCUAAGUGCAAAUAUCAGCAUUGUAGGCGCCGUAACCCUGGAACAUGCGUUGUAACCCUGGAAAUAAUUUCUGAUGAAUAUAAUUGAAAAGCACCUUAACCUCGGAAUGUCGUAAGUCGAACCCGUCAUGACCUAGGGACUGCCUGUACUGUACUGCUAAAUUUAAGCAGCAAGUUGUAGAUGAAGCUGUGAAAACAAUGUUCAAACUGCUAAUGACUAUAAACGACCAUGCACUGGCAACAUGGAUGCAACUCGUCCAUAAAUAACAGCAGAGAAAAAAUAUUUUAAUAAAAAACUACUAGGCAUGAAAGAACAUUUUUACUGUUGUUUUCACACCGAUAAAAGAUAAAUACGUAAAGUUCGUAUUAUGAGGAAAUUAGGUGAAAACAGCGAAUGGAAUCGGUUUUUUCAACACAAAAAACAUGCCCUCAGUGCAAUCUAGUAACAAAAAAUAACUAAAUGUCACUCACAACGAGAGGUAUGUAAGUCAUACUUUGAUUUAAAAGCAUUUCAUAUAACAAAAAAUAACCUUGUCCAAUGUAUAAACAGAUUUUCUAGAGACUCAUUUACUUUUAACUAGAAAUAGUAAUACAUGUAUGAGAAUACAUACAAUAUUAUUGGAUACAGUGAAGUAAAGCAUGACUUUAAAUUAUGAGGGGUCUCACCUCGUGGCACUUGUAAGCCGAUGAUCAUCGGACAACUGUGCCUUUAUCCGGUUCACACCACUGCAAACCCCAGUUAUGAAUAUCUUCGACUACCGUAAAACCUUAAUGCCAAUAACUGGGGGCACACAAACAAAAUUGGAACUUACAGGUGGCAAAGGGGAGCUCUGAACACAGUUCUAAUUUGCGAUCCCAUACACUUGUAUCUGAACGUUUGUACAUAAGUAGGGUGUGUCUGUACUUAUGUUGAAACAAAAUGAAGGAGAAGCUUUUGAGGGUAAUAUUUUGCUAUUUGCAGGAAGUAGUGGAUACACUCCAGAAGAGAUGCAGAGAAUGUGAUUACAAGGGACAUCUAGACAGCACUGAUAAACUGUCAAGGUUUAUUUGGCGUCAUAAAACAAUGGAAUCUAUGAGUGAACAAUUAAGAACAACACUUCCAGAAUCAAAGGAAACUAACUGUGCAGACAAAUUAAGACAAAAAAGAAUGCUACUAAACUUAAGAAGAACAGACUGCCAGUGGUUCUUGGGAUUCCUGAUAUCCCAAGACAUGACAUGGAUACACAUAUUCAAGAUGAUGAUUUUAUAGUGUUUGAAGAACGUGAAGCGUUACCUAUUGUAGAAAAUAAGAUUAUUAUAAAAAAUGAAGAAAAUAAUAUAAAAAAUGAAGAAGAAAAUAAGAUUAUUAUAAAAAGUAAAAAAGUUAAGACUACAGCUUGUGGGAAAAGGAAAUUGUUCCCCAAAAUCUUGAUAACCAGAAUCCCAAAGAAUGUGAAAGAAGGGGAUAUCAUAGAAAAUUUAAAAGACAAGAACCCAUGGCUGAGGUAUCUGAUAAAAAAUGAAGAUGACUUUAAAUUGGUUGCAACACUGAAAGCUGACACCUACGGAAGGCCACAAUACGCCAUAAAGUGCUCACCACAAAUAAGAAGGAAUAUAGCAGCAUGUGGUGAUGAGUUGAAUAUUCUCGGUACGUUUUGCAAAGUAUAUGACAAAUACCAUGUUUUACGAUGCAUUAAAUGCCAGAAAUUUGGACAUAAGCAUGACCUAUGUAGAGGAGAACUUGUAUGCCCAAAAUGUGGGGGAGAACACUGGCUAAGAGAAUGUAUUUCAGAGGUAUCAACAUGCUUACAUUGUCAAGGACCACACAUUACAGGGGACAGAGUAUGUCAAAAAUAUAAAGAAGAAGAAGCAAGCGUAAAAGAUAGAACUGACCAUGGGGAACAUCUAGAAGUUUUCAAACCAGACUUACAAAGUGAAAGAGCAGAAAGAGAAAAUAUUGCAAAACAACAAAAAAUUAUCAAACAAGAAGCACAAAGAAAGAAGAAAAAAGCAAAAAGCAAUAUUACAGUUGUCCUUGGAGAUCAAGUUAUUAUAACAAACCUAUGCAAGACUAGAAAGUACAAAAAAGACAUGUACAGGUACUUUAAUCUGAUCGAUACAUUACAGCUGACAGAAUGAAAUGAAAUGAUGCUGGCUGCAUCAUUAUCACAUACAAAAGGUAGGACAUUAGAUACGUAUAAAAGGUACAAUAAUCUGAUGGGGAAUAGUCGUUCUUCCAAAGUCACUAGGAAGUGCAAUAAUCAUAGAUAAACCACGGUCAAAAUCAGUUCGUUAAAUGUACAGAUGAGUGAACUGGUGAAAUAUUAUCUGUUGAUUUUGAUUUUUCAUAUUUUAUCAGAUUGAUUAUAUUUUACUUAAGUAAAGGCAAGUCAGAGGUGAAUAAAGGAAAAAAUUUAUAUCCAGAUAAAAAAUUAAAGUUACUUCAUUAUAUGAAGAACUGUUAUAUAUGUGUAUGGAUAUUGUGCAACUUCAGUCCUCUAGACACUACAGAAGAGGAAGAAUGUUUCUAGUUUCAUCUGUCCGAGUAUGCAUACAGGUCCCAUAGCACUUUUGACAUGAUUAUUCUGUCUGUGUUGUCUGAACCAGCUGCAAGGAACAGAGAAGCAGGCUGGGAGGAGGGAAAGUCUUUUGAGUUCAUUGAAUAUUGUUGAAAAUAUUAUUAUUUUCAUGUAAAAAGUCAUCAUUCUUUUAUAAAUGAAUCAUUGCUUUCCAUUACCUUGAAUAGCUGCUUAGUUUGGUAUGAAACUGUCUCCCCCCCCCCCCCCUCAGGGUAAUUAGAGCCAUGAAUUCUGGAACCAUUUAAAUUGAUGUACAAGUUCAGUAGUAACAAAAUUCUGAGAACGGGAUCAUGAAUCGGACUAUGGCCUUGUUACUAGGUUCGUGGCUGUACAUUCUCAGCUGGUCAAACAGAUGCAACUGGCCAAACCAGUGAGGUAUAAGUGUUAUUACUCCAGGUCACAGUGCCAGGAUGUACAGGAGUAUGGUUCAUAAGGAUGAGAAAGAUAAUGUUACAUACAUAUUACCCCUCAGAGACUUAAAAGAAAAUGGUUUGUCAGUCCUACAAGUCCAAAUGAAACUAUAUUGAGAGAUUUAUGAGUCUCUCAUAAAUAAAAGUUAACUAAUACACUUCUUUUAAAAGCCUGGGAGACUGAUGCAUCUCUAAUCUCAAUUUUCCUCACCCCAGUUUAGGAUGCUUGGUCUCCAGUGAUACGGGUGUAAUCACUUUAGAUGACUUGAAUCAGCCAGACAGAAAUGAUCUUUUCAGAUGCCUCCCCCUCUAAAAGUGUUGGGUCUUCAUAAGACACUUCCAUAUGGUUCUGAUGGACACAAAAGGUCUUAUUUAUUCCUUGCUUGUACUACUGCUAAGGAAAGUAUACAAAGAAUAGAGGAACUUGAGGCUGGAUGAAAGUUUUUUGUCUGUAAUAAAACUUUGGGCAUGUGAUUCACCAAUAUUCUGCCAGUUGUUGUCACACAUGGAAAAAGUGAGAGACACCAGGGUUACCGUCCUAAAGAUGGGUCUUUACAGUUCAAGGAGGGACUAAUCUGGAAAUUGAUCAGAUUUAAACUUGAUAAACCCAAAUCUAUGCCCAUUCAUUUAUAUACUGUAGGGUAUUGCAGACUUAUAUCCUUUGGUGGCUGGCACAUGAUUUCCUUGGGCAACCUGAAGACAUUAUGGUGGUCAGAGCAUUAAGUACCUCCUCUACAACAAGAACUGUGAAAGAAACAAUCCUCAGAUUGUCACAGCUUGACCUGGUUGUGACCUCGGCUAAUGGAUCAUAAAGCCUCUAUUUAUGAAGCAUCACUUGAUCAUAUUAGUACCUUGGGGUGUUGGGUGUCCACCAGAAGAUCAAGAAGAUCUAAAGAUAACUCUUAAUGAGUCCUUUAGGGGCUGCUAAGUGUCACUGACACAUAAAUGGUGGACUGUGUCAGUGACUGUUGGAAUUUGAGAGGAUAGGAAAUUUGUAACCCUCCAAGUUUUCCAUACAUGCCAUGUCAAUGAAUUUAAAGAGCUCUGCAAUAAUAUGGUAACUUCUUGCUUAGUUGGGUCUUGAACAUGGCAUAGAGUGUGCCACACAAGUGCCAUAUUGUCUUGCAUACUUCUGGCUGGAGCAACAUGAUUUUGUCUGUUUAAGGAGUGCCACUACACUGUGUUUUUCUGUAUUAGUCGUGGGAGUUGUAUCACCUUGUAUUCUUCAGCCCAAAGCAAUAUCUGCAUGACCAGACAACACAUCCAUUAGGACUCGCUUCUUCCCAACUUCUUUGACAGGCCACUAUGCCCACUACUUAGCUGUAAAGGUGAUAAGUUCUGCUUCUAUUUCCAGGUAGCAGGUACCUCUAAAUACCAUCUAGGUCUAAGGUGAGCACUGCAUUCUUUCUUGAUGCAUCUGUAAACAAUAACAGGUAAGAGGUUGAUGGCACAAGAGUAAGUCACUCUAAAAUAUUUGAAUUUUGCCACCAAUAGAGAUCUUGCACAAGAGAGCACUUGGGCACUAGAAAAGAUAAUUUGUAUGGUGGGAAGAGUGGGGACUACAUUCAGUUCAAGAAAGGCUUGAGAAAUCUCAUCGGAAGGUAGCUAUAGUGGCACUAACUUUUCCAAAGAUAUUAGAUGAUCUAUCAGCUUCUGCCCUAUUAAGUUGGAGGAGCUGAAACAUGAGCAUUUUUAUUAGAUGUAGGCUUCAUUUUAGAAUAAAAAUAUUAAACUCUAAGAAGGAAAAAUUUCGUAGCAACGGUGUGAAAAAGAUAAAAAAUGUUAUUCAGUAAUAUUGAAAAUUAAUUUGAUUGAAAUGAGACAGAAUGCAGAAAUCCCAUAAAAAAGGUAUAAUUAGAUGAAAACAAAUUGUUCAGUAAUCUUGAAAAAUCACUUGAUUGAAACGAGUGAGAGAGAGAGUUAACUGCAAUGAGAUUUCCAAUGAAAUGUUAGGAAUAAAGCUUAUAUCAUGCGUAAGUUUUUAUUUCCAUUGUUAUUAUAUUCCCUAUCAUAUGUAUUUGUAUUUUGGAAAUAUAGCCAUAAAGACAUUAAUAUUAGCCUACUUUCUUAAAUGCAAUGUUAGGAAUCCAAAAAGAGGCAUGAACAAUAAGGCCGAUGGUCAAGAUCAUAGCUACAGGGCAGCGUCACAUGUACACUCAGAAGUCUCCAGGUGACGUCACAGAGCACAGCUGAGCUCCCGGCACCAUGCGCGGUAACUCACCUUAUCUUAUUCCAUCUUGGCGCUACAUACGAGCCUGGGCCUUGACUCCCCGAGAUCAUGUGUUCUUGCCUCACCAACCUGACAUUUCUACUUCAUUCGAGGCUCAUCCUUUUUAGAGGGCUGGAGGAUGUCGUGAAAAAAUACUUGCACAUAUUUUUCUCAACCUGAGUCCGCUUUUGGGCGCCAAUUCAUAGUUCCAUGUCAGUCAGUUGGCAGCAAAAAUGCCAUGGUUAUCUCAGUAAUUGUGUGAAUUACUGAGCUUUUUAUUACAUCAACGCCAUCAAAUCAAUGAGAGUAGUUAUAUUCAUUUUGAUGAGAUUGAAAUUGCUAUUGCAGGAUGAAAAUAAGUUGCCAAUAAAAAUCAUAAAUUGUAAAUUAAUGGCUAGCUGGCCAGCCAGCUAGCAUGGAAAAUCGCACUCCUCACCCUUGUCGCUACAGAUCCGAUGCUGUGAAGACAUCUGUGUGAUCGCUCCUGCGUUCCACGCCAAGAAUACGGCCUCCACCAUGAGAAGGUUGUGAGCUGGGUAUUUGAGUUCACGUUUGCAGCUAAGGUUUUAGAUAUUUACUUGUUAAAGAUGCAACUACUUUUAAAGAUGUGAUCAUUACUGAAUUAGAGUUCAUUUCAUUAUGAUAACUUUAUGACCACGUGGUCACAAGUUCACCGAACGAGUCUUGGGGCGGGAAGCCUGUGUGGUUCAGUUAUUGUUGAUUUGUACAUAGCCGUGAGAUAGGUUUUUAUUUUUGUAAUAAAAUUUUUUAAAAUUAAACGGCCUUAAUUUUGUUGUCCUAGUAUCUGAGAUGGAAGAUGACCCAUAAGGCAGGUCUGUCGAGCCGAGAACAUCCGGCAUGUCGAGUAGUAUAAGUCACUGAGCAAAUCGCGACAUAUACAGUUAUGAGAAAACAAAACGGAAAUAUAUACUGCACAUUUGGUGCUUUUCCAUACUACUCACUGAUUGCCCGUUGCUUAGCCUAAGACCACCACUAUAGCUUCUUCCUCUUCGAAAUUGGUGCAAUGAAGAAUGGCACAUCUUUUCUGGGUGGGUAAUAUUUUAGUCAUACCUAUGACGAUUUUCUUCCCUAAGGUGGUAUUGCCAUCAGAGCACCUCAUGCUGUGCACUGUGGGCAUUAUUUAAGGUUCUUUGCAGUGUGCCUUCGGCCCCUACCAGCAACCCCUUUCGUUCCUUUUACACUAUCAUUUCAUGUUCUCUUUCUUCCAUCUUACUUUCCACUCUCUUAUAACGAUUCAUUGUGCAACUGCGAGGUUUUCCUCCUGUUUUGCCUUUCAAACAUUUUACUCUCAAUUUCUGUUUCAGCGCUGAAUGACCACAUAGGUCCCAGUGCUUGUCCUUUGGCCUAAAUUCUAUAUCCUAUUCAACCCUACGACGACUUUCGCUAACAAUUAUGAAAUCUGAAUCCAGCGUAAGCCCGGUGGCAGGUCGGCAACAAUUUGGCCGGUUUUCUUAAAAAAAAAAAAAAAAAUGACCUUGGUGGUGAAUAUAUAAUGUAGUUAGUUGACUUGUGGGUUACUACCAGGCUUUAGCUUGAGUGAUACAACUAUGAAUACUUACUGUCAGUCUAUAAAAACUGAUUGUAAGAAUUUCAGGUUUCAUUGUAAAGCCAUCGAUAGCUAAGACCAGCCAGCUUUGCAGCUAAGCCCCGCUUACUGAAUCACGACCAUUCCUUGAAGCUGAUUGGUUGGAAAUAGUUUCGAAAAGUUGGUUAAUCUGUGGUUCUUUUCAUCUUCAUAUAUUUUGCAAUCAGUGGCGAUUUUACCCUUCAAAAAGUUGGGGGGGGGGGCAUCAUAGGAAAGGUAACUGUAAAAAUGAUUACAAUAUUGGAAACAUUUUGAAACUCAUGGAGGAAUGAAUUUGACUAAAGGUAAAGGUCAUAUAGAAUUUUGUUUGAUUCCUAAGCAAAACAACUGUAAAUCAUCCAUCUGAUAUUUUACCUAACUUGCAUGAUAUGAAAAUUUAACAUUCAAAACUAUAUACAGUAUCAAACAAUACGCAAGCAUUAAAGAAUGGAUAGUAUGUAUUUGAACCAAAUAAAGAAAGGUAGUAACUACAUGAAAUGAACAGAUAUACAUGGGGCAUGUCAUGACAAUUCUGAAAAGGUUCAGUUUGACAUUCAAAAUAUAUACGAUCCCAACCAAUAUGCAAAUUAUUAAAGAAUGUUAAGUGUAAUACACAUUUGCACUACUUAAAGAAAGGUAUUAACUAAUGAAAUGAACAGACAGAUAUGGACCAUGUCAUGACCAUUCUGAAAAUGAUGGUUUGACAUUCAAAACUAUAUACAAUCCCAAAAAACAUGCAAUUAUUAAAGAAUGGCAAGUUUGUAUAAUGCACAUUUGAACAAAGUAAGGAAAGUUAUUAAUUAAUGAAAUGAACAGACAGAUAUUAGGCUUAUCAUGAAAAUUCUCAAAAUGUUGUUUCGACAUUCAAAACUAUAUACAAUUCAUAACAAUAUGCAAUUAUUAAAGAAUGUUAAGUUUUUAUAAUACAUAUUAAAGAAUGUUAAGUUUUUAUAAUACAUAUUUGAACACAAAACAGAUAUGGACCAUGUCGAGACAAUUCUCAAAAUGUUUAGUGCAGUUUGAUUCUACGAUUGUUAUGUCGGCUGUCAAACUCUAUCUACAAAACUAUUUAAGUCAAUACUCUCAGCCCAUUUACUUUAAACUGAUAAUAAUGCAGUGUUACUUAGCUCCUCACUAGUCAUUGAAUUUCUAAGAAAUGUUUUUACUGUUUUCAUUUUGGAAAAACUUCUUUCACAAGAAGCACUAGUAACACGGAGUGUUACAGCUCUCAAUAGUAACCUGUACUAUAAGCAAUCAAAGGCAGAUUUAUAUGGGUGAGUAAAUGACAAAAACUCCACCAAUGAUGUAGGUGGCUGAUGUUCUUUCUGGAGCAAUUUCUUAACUAAAGAUAGCUCGUGUUUUAAAUCACUUUGAUUAACUGAAUAUGAUAAAGCAAAUGACUUAAAGUCAUCCUCAUGUAAGAACGUCUGUCCUGCAGGACAGAGAGCUGAAAUGCCACAAAAGAUCACACAUGACUUUGGAAAAACGACGAUCUAAUUCACUAUUUAAACAGUCUAGUACUUCAUACAAGAUUGUGACGUGUUGUGCAUGACUUGGCUAAAAACAACUCUCUGGCCAGUUGUUUCCAACAUGAUAAAAUACGGAGUUGUCGAGGUUUUCUUGAACGUUUUCUCGUCACUGUUGGUGAAAUGUCACAUUUUUUACAGAGUUCGUCAACCCUAUUAGAGUAAUUCUCAAUUAAGUUGGAGUUUCUUACAUCAGCUAAAUCUUCACGAAGACAAGAAAUAAGUUUAGCUGUUUUUCCAAGGUCUGCCUGUUUGUCCUGCAGCUGCUGAGAUACUUUAUUUAUUUUUCCCAGAAUUUCAGAGAAAAACUGCAAUAAACAAACAAAUUCUGCAUCCAUCUGGGCAAGUAAACCUCUAGCAGAUACAGCUCGAGCUCCAGUAUCAUCUGCAGAAGUCUCCUUCAGAAGUCUUAUAAUACAUUACAGACGUGCAUUAUCACAGGAGGUAGCCUGACACCACCAGCGAGUAUCACUGAGAUGUUGAAGUUCUCGAAUUUGUUCUUCUGGAAACAUUUCAUGCUGUAUGGAAAGGAACUUCUCAGGAACCACUGCAUUACUAGCAAAGAUAUAGACUUCUUCAAGAAGACUGAAAAAUCCAGAUGCUUGUGAUACAUUCUUUGCAGCACUUGUCAAAACCAAAUUGAGCUAAUGAACAUAAGCAAAAAGUGCUUUAUCUUUUAUACGUUGCUGAAUGCCACUAAUUCCUCCACUCAUGACUGAUGCUCCAUCAAAUCCCAAGCCAACAAGAGAAGAUUUAUAAUAAUCUAAGCCUAAUUUUUCUAGAGUUUUCAGUAUUAUGUCUGUGAUAUAUGCAGCAUCCAAUGAAGACAUGGGAGUAAAUAAAAUAAAAAAUUCCUGAAUACAGUGUGAUUUCAUCAUAAAAUCGUACUACUAUUAUAGUACUAAUUACGCAAUUUUGCUCACAUCCUUGGCUUCAUCGGCUUGAACAGAAAAGUAAUGGCAGGGUUUUAUGUUUUCAGCUAUUUCUUCCCUCACAAUUGAUGCAAAUGUAUCAAUCAUGUCAUUUUGUAUUGGAGAACUGGUGUACUUCUCAUUUUUUGGACUACUUUUGACACGUUCAGCUGUAACAGGAUCAUGUUUGGCAAUAAAUCUAAGAAGUUUACAGAUAUUUCCUGGAUUUUGUUCAUCGUCACCCUCUCUCUGGCCUCUGUGCUAUAUUUUGUUGGUAUCAGGAGUAUAAUCUCGCUAAGAGUUUUUGUGUAAUGACGAUUUUCACGGACUUUCUUCUGAUAGCCCUCACUUAUACUCUGUUUAAUGGAUGUUUUAUCAGUUUUAUUGUGUUGAUAGUCAAUCCACGCAGUAUAGAGGAUUUGUGGAUAUGUGAGUUCAGGUGCUUUGCAAAGGCCCCAUCUUUCCUUGUGCCUUUUUCCAUCGCCUAAAGCCACUCUUUACAAAUGCAUUGUCUACAUUGCCAUAAGAAAGUGAUGCAAAGUGCCUACAAGCAAAACAGAACAUUGCAUCACGUUCUUGAGAGUACUCAGCCCAAUUUUGUGUGACUAGUUAGUGAAUAUUGUUAUAUUCAAUAAUGAUUAAUUUUAUAUAUAAUAUUUCAUUAAAAAAGUGGGGGGGAAAACCAGGGGCAAGGCCUAAAUCUGGGAGGGCAGCUGGCCCCCCUUAGAAUCGCCACUGUUUGCAAUGGUUGUUUUACCGAACAAAAAUACGUUGUGCUGAUUAUCAGAAUAAAGCUUUAUAUUAUCCCCUGAAAUAAAAUCAUAAUAUACGCAUAUCCCUAAAAAUGGUAAAGAACAGGAAAAUAUGUAUGAAGUCAGAAGUGUUUUGCGUUGUUGCAAUGUUUAUUUCGUAAAUGAGGUUCACCUGAAUACAGAGGUGACACGGGGAUUGUCUGCGUUCGAAUCGGUCCACUUGGCCCCAAUGGACAGUGGUCAUUACCGUCUGAUAUUGUCAAGCGUGUUCACCGCUCUAAAUUUAAACACAAAGACUUUCUCAGAGCUAUGCAGACUGGUAUUUCAUAUUAAUUUCAGGAAAUUUUUACUACGUUUGCAAAGUCUUAAAAUCAAUUUCAUUGGAAUCGUUGACACAUUCGGAGGGAUGACACGCAGUGACUGCAUUUUAUAAAACCAGAAGAUACUUUUGUUAAAAAAAAAUUACAGUAUGAUAGGCCGUAUAAUUCAUAUUGGAUAUAAAUUGCUGUGAUUUUUCUUGAAGACAAUUAACUACUUUCGAAAUAACAGGAUCAUAAAAAAUGACGUAAACCUUUAAGGUCCUGUCUUUUUGUCAGUUUACGCAGAUUAUGACUUUUAUUUUGGUUCUUGUGGUCAGGGUUGCCGUUUUGAGGAAUUUCAUCUAUUAGUGUGGCUUUCUGGUGACAUCUGGCAACCCUCCGUGGCUUUUCCGACCACAGGCCACGGCACUGAAGAAAAAAAUUCUUCACGUUGCCUUUUUAUGUUUUAUUAUGAAAAUAAAGAUAUAAAACAUAUCCUGCUUAUUUAUACAAAUGAAUUUUAUUGAAAUCCUUUAUUUUUCUUCGUCAAUACUUUAUAUUUAAUCUAGUGACGUGUAGUUUUCUAACAUCACGGAAAAU